GAUCCUUCAAAAAUACCACAAUGAUUGAUUUCUCUCAUCUUCACAGGAGCUGAUAUUCAAUGGCUGGAAGCGGAGGUGCCAGGAGGCUGAGAUGAAUAUGACUACUAUCCUACAAGAGAUUUUGAUUAAAAGAUCCCAGCAGAAGAAGAGGACUUCUCCCUUAAACUACAAAGAGAGGCUUUUUGUACUUACAAAGUCCAUGCUAACAUAUUAUGAAGGUCGAGCAGAGAAAAAGUACAGAAAAGGAUCUGUUGACAUUUCAAGGAUAAAAUGUGUAGAAGUUGUCAAAAAUGAUGGCAUUAGUCCCUGUCAAAAUAAGUAUCCGUUUCAGGUUGUGUAUGAUGCUAAUACACUUUAUAUUUUUGCACCAAGUGCACAAAGCCGGGAUCAGUGGGUGAGGAAUCUGAAGGAAGAAAUAAAGAACAACAGUGAUAUAAUGGUGAAAUAUCAUCCUAAAUUCUGGACGGAGGGAAUUUAUCAGUGCUGCAGACAGACAGAAAAAUUAGCACCUGGCUGUGAAAAAUACAAUCUUUUUGAAAGCAGUAUAAGGAAAGCACCCUCUCCAAUGCCAGAACAAAGUAGGCGAAGGCCUCCACCACCAGCUCCUCCAGAAGAAAAUGACACGGAAGAGGAAGAAAUAGUGGUAGCGAUGUAUGACUUCCAGCCUACAGAGCAUCAUGAUUUAAGAUUAGAGAAAGGUGAAGAGUAUACGAUAAUAGAAAAAAACGACAUUCACUGGUGGAAGGCAAGAGAUAAAUACGGAAAUCAGGGCUAUAUUCCAAGCAACUAUGUAACAGGAAAGAAGUCCAACAACCUUGAUCAAUAUGAACAACUCCUUAGAAAUGAGGACAAAGAAGGUGGUUUUGUGGUGAGAGACUCAAGUCAGCCAGGCUUGUAUACAGUUUCCCUUUACACAAAAUUUGGAGGAGAAGGCUCAUCAGGGAUAAGACACUACCAUAUAAAAGAGACAGUGACGUCACCAAAACAGUUCUACCUCGCGGAAAAACAUCUUUUUAACUCCAUUCCAGAAAUAAUCGAGUAUCAUAAACAUAAUGCAGCAGGUCUUGUUACCAGGCUGCGCUACCCAGUGACCCCAAAGAUGAGGACAGCGCCAACAACUGCAGGUUUCAGCUAUGAGAAAUGGGAAAUUAAUCCAUCAGAGCUGACCUUCAUGAGAGAGCUGGGGAGUGGUCUCUUCGGAGUCGUGCGCCUGGGGAAGUGGCGGGCGCAGUACAAAGUGGCCAUCAAGGCAAUUCGAGAAGGUGCCAUGUAUGAAGAGGACUUCAUUGAAGAAGCUAAAGUGAUGAUGAAAUUAACACAUCCUAAAUUAGUUCAGCUGUACGGUGUGUGCACCCAACAGAGACCUAUUUACAUAGUGACUGAAUUCAUGGAGCACGGCUGCCUGCUGAACUACCUGCGGCAAAAACGUGGGCUGCUGAGCAAAGACAUCCUGCUGACCAUGUGCCAAGACGUGUGCGAGGGGAUGGAGUACCUGGAGAGGAACAGCUUCAUCCACAGGGACCUGGCUGCCAGAAACUGCUUAGUGAAUGAUUCAGGAGUGGUCAAAGUGUCUGAUUUUGGCAUGACAAGGUAUGUCCUGGAUGAUCAGUACACGAGCUCCUCAGGGGCUAAAUUCCCUGUGAAGUGGUGUCCCCCAGAAGUUUUUAAUUAUAGCCGAUUCAGCAGCAAAUCAGAUGUCUGGUCAUUUGGUGUUUUUAUGUGGGAAGUGUUUACAGAAGGAAAAAUGCCCUUUGAAAAAAGCUCCAAUUAUGAAGUGGUAACUAUGGUUAGCCAAGGACAUCGUCUGUAUCGGCCCAAACUGGCCUGCAAGCUGGUGUAUGAUGUCAUGAUGAUGUGCUGGCAGGAGAAACCAGAGGCACGGCCUACCUUUGAAGACUUGCUUCACAUAAUCAUUGACAUUGCUGAGGGUGAAGAAGCUUUCUGAAAAAGAA